CAGCCCAGCCCGGCACCGCGGCGGCAGCGGGAAGCUGCCCCGCCCCUCGCGUAGGCCCGAGGCCGCGGGCGGGUCGAGGUUCCCGCAGUGCCUGGCCGGGGUGGCCAGCGGCGCCAUGGGCGUGCUGCUGUGGUGGGACCAGCUGCGGGCUGGCAGCUCGGAGGUGGACUGGUGCGAGGACAACUACACCAUCGUGCCUGCCAUCGCCGAGUUCUAUAACACGAUAAGCAACGUCUUGUUUUUUGUUUUACCACCCAUAUGUAUGUACUUGUUCCGUCAAUAUGCAACCUGCUUCAACAGUGGAAUAUAUUUAAUAUGGACUCUGCUAGUUGUCGUUGGAAUUGGAUCUGUUUACUUUCAUGCCACUCUCAGUUUCCUGGGCCAAAUGCUAGAUGAACUGGCUAUUCUCUGGGUCCUGAUGUGUGCUUUUGCCAUGUGGUUCCCAAGGAGAUACCUGCCUAGAGUUUUUCGGAAUGACAGGAGCCGAUUUAAAGCUGCUGUGGGUGUCCUGUCUGGAGUUACUACUUGCCUUGCCUUCAUUAAGCCUGCCAUCAACAAUAUCUCACUAAUGACUCUGGGUCUCCCCUGCACAGCUUUGCUUAUUGCCGAGUUGAAGAGGUGUGAAAACCUGCGUGUGUACAAACUGGGUCUCUUUUCAGGUCUUUGGUGGAUGCUAGCACUUUUCUGCUGGAUCAGUGACAAAGUAUUUUGUGAGAUCUGGUCCUCAUUUAACUUUCCCUACUUGCACUGUGUAUGGCACAUUUUGAUUUGUCUUGCUGCAUACCUGGGCUGUGUCUGCUUCGCUUACUUCGAUGCUGCCUCUGAGAUCCCUGAGCAAGGCCCUGUCAUAAAGUUCUGGCCCAGUGAAAGAUGGGCAUUCAUUGGAGUUCCCUAUGUUACUCUCCUCUGCGCACACAAGAAGUCACCUGUGAAGAUCACAUGAAGUUGAUCAUGAAAUGAGGAUGGAAUUUCAACUUACAUUUCAGCAAAGACAGUACUUAAAUAAUGCUAAAUUAAUGGGGUUGUAUUUUGUCUUAAGAUAUGCAGCACUUCAGGUGUCACAGAAGGAGGAGGCAAAUGUGUUCUUUUUUCUCUCUGGAGGAGGGAGAUAAGGUAGGAAGUUGCAGGUUCUUAAACACUGAAGUAGCCACUGCACUAGUUGGCUCUGUUUUGCACUAUGUUUUCAAUGUAGCAUUUCACUUUAUGUAAGCUCUUUCCAAAUACCAGGGUAAAAGAAUGAUGUUUCUGCAGUAGGUCGUCUCUGGUGCUUGAUUCACUUCUUAAGUAACUUCUGGUUUAAGGUAUUCUUUGUAAAAGAAGCCAGUCCAAGAUGCCUACUUGCCAUCCUGUGCCCUUCUCAGCUUUGAAUUUCGUGUGGUUGCAUAUGGCCACAAGAGUGUGCUCGAAGCCCGCGCUCCACCCAGCCGGGCGGGUGGCUGUGCAUCACCUCGCAUCUGGGAGUACGUGGGUGAUUCCCCAGGUAAAACAGCAACUGAGCAACUGCAGCAGUGCAGUUAGACGGCGCGAAUGCGGGAAUAGCUAACAGAAGACUCAGUCCCUGAAAUGAAAUAGUUCAAGGGUUUUGAGCUUUGCUAUACUUCCACUGACCUGUAGAUGUUUGUAUGCUCUUACAGAGAUGUCACCAAAAUCUAUUUCUACCUUUGCAGACAUGUUUGGUCUUGAAUUUGACAUUGAAAAUCACCCAGAAGUGUGAGCAUUAAUUUCAGGAAGAGCUUGGGUCAGCAUUGAUUGGCAGUGUGAUUAAACUAUAGAAACUUUCAGGUUCCCAGCUGUACAUUUGAGAGUUAACUUUUCACUAGUGCAUUGCAGAGUGAUGUGAAUAGCAGUCCAGUUUGUAGUGUGGUAGUUAUACUUAGGAAAAAAGUAGAUACCACUCAAAAAACAGAAGACUUUGAUUUCUGUGAGCAACAAAAUGUGACAUUGAGUCUUCAGUUCUUAUGAAAGAAUGAUAGAUUCAGGCUUUCUGUUUGUUUUUAGCCAGCUUUGUAAAGCUAAGGGAUGUCUGGACCUAAUAAGUUUUUAAGGCUAUACUUUGAAGUUGAAGUUCAAGAAUGUCUGUGGUUCUUUCAAGCUCAGUCUGUUUUUGAAAGGAUGAAAAUUGCAGGCACAGUUUUUCAAAUAUUAGCUAUUAUUUCUGCUGAUCAUUGCUGUUGGGUACAUUCCACCUGAUAUCAGAUCAGUAAGUGGAUUAAGGCUUUGUAUGUACACUUUUAAUAAGUGAUUUUUUUCUUUAAUACUAGACCACAAAAUACCAUUUAUUCUGUAUUUUGCUAAGAACUCCCAUGGUGUACUUGGAUUUUAAGAGACCUGGAAAUAUACUCCAUACAGUAUAGUCUUUAGGAGACUGCCUUUUAACAAGACCUUUGGCAUAAAUUACCUUUCAAGUGUUGUAAAACCUUUCAGAUAACUUUUGUAUUAAAAUAUAUGUUUUGAAAACAAGAGCUAAGGUGAAUGCUCUUACCCUUAAAGCAAAGUUUUUGGUGGGAGGUAUGGCUGUCUUUGGAAGAACUUCGAGUUGAAUGUGUAGCCUACUGUCAGAUUGGCUAACAGAUCAUAAACCCAGCAACAUUUCUAGCAGAACAGUGUGGAUUAACACAAUUUGCUACUGGAUUUGUCUGAGGGAAGUUUUUUUUUGGACACUAAGUCAAUAUAAUUUUUCUAUGAAACUUGUUUGUAAAAGUUCAUAUGGUAAUCUUUAUUAAUCUUUGAAACACAGCUGCAUUUCUCUUUUUGUUCCUUUCUCUGUAAUUAUGAAAUGCUCAGUUUCAAACACUUCUCAGGUAUUUAAAUUCAAAUUAUGAGAUCCUUAUGCGGGUAGGCUUGCUGGCUGGAACCCAGCUAAGGUUGCUGAUGUCCGACAUGGCCCUGCAUUGAGUAAGAUUUUUCAUUGUGUUUGCUAAAUUAUUAUGUUACGAUAAAUAAGUUAUUUUCAGUAUUGCUUGAAAUUAGUAACUGCAGGCAUAAUGUACUAUUCAAAAUGCCUGGAGCGAAGGCUGCAGUUAAUACUUUGCUUGAAAGCAAUCUCUGACUCUAGUGAAGGGCUCCAGUCAGCCCACUGUUAACUGCUGUCUUCUGAUCUGCAGAGUGUGGCUGCUCGCAAAGAAGUAAUUUUGUAAUUUAAAAAAAUGGCAGUAAUGCAUUCAGGUAGUGCAGAACAGAAUGAAUGCAAGUGCGAGCCAAGAAUCAUCUGUAUUUUUGUUAACUAAACCUCAUAAUUUACAUAGGGGAUUCUGUGAACAGAGAUCACUGUCUGAUAUUCAGAGAUCCGCUGCAAAACUGCUUGGGCAUAUUCCACUGUAACAGCAGCUCACCACUUUACAUUAAAUGAAUGUUAGCUAAUAUGCCCUGAGAAAAGCUACAUUUAUUUCGGAAAUGAAAAAUGAUACUGUUUUUUACUGGAUUCAGAGCUUUACAGAUUGCACUUUGGGCUAAUGCUUUGGUUUACGGUAACAUUAAUACUCAAAGAAGUGAUUGGCAUACAGAGGGGUUUGUGGUGGUGGCCUAAUCAAACAAAUGAAUAGACACGUGCACAAGUUGUUAUAUUAUAUUGGAGUGUAAGGUGAUACACGCUCAGGUUUUAAAGCCACAGAAUGCUUUCUUCCCUUGCUGUUAGGAAGCAGGUUUCAAGUCCUUAGGUUCAGUUAGUAUUUUAGUUUAAUAAGUGGGAUGCAGUAUAUGUUGAGCAUAAUAUAGAUUUCGUAGUUUGAUGUGUGGUAUCCAUUGCUCCCUCAAUAUUACAGUUCUGAUUACUUACAAGAAAGUGUUUUGUCUCUCCGUGAUUGCAAACACUUGCCUGAUUCACAGUCACUAAAACCUCAAUAAAUAGUAUCCGGGGAGUGGUAUUGAGGUGGUUGUUUGUUUUAUUUGUUUUGGUUUUGUUUUCUUCUUUCUUUUUUUUCCCCAUGUCAGUCAAAGUCUGUAUGCUGAAAAUUUGUGGAAAGCAUGUAAUACUUUGCAACAUUACAUUCAGAAUAAAUAUCGUAUGCCUUUUCA